CAUGGUGUCGCGCUCCCAAAAUCUCCUCCCGUACCCUUGUCUCUUCUCUCAAGAGGCUUUAAAAUUGAGCAGAAGAUUUAUUUGCGGAGUGAAACCAACUUUCAUGGUGACCCUGGGGUACCGGAAGACUCGAUAGGGCGGCUGUGGUGUAGCGAAAGUGCAACUGAAGUUUCACAGCUGCAUUUCCCACGGAGCGCCGUCUCUCCCCACCGCCUGCACCGAAGCGGAUGAAAACAAACACGAACGAUGGCGGCGCCGGGGAGCGACUGGUGGCUGGCUUAGGGCGGGAGCGGUCGCUUGACGCGUGAAGGAGAAGCUCUGAGGAAAACCAGUCGACAUCGGUCCGACAGUUUGCUCAGUUCUUGGAGCCAGGAGCCUCGUGAAGCGUGAGGUAUCUCUCUGCGACCUGUGCUGUCAAUACCGCCCGGGAGCGCGGAACCCUCAGCCGGGAGGCGCGGUUGGCGGCUCCAGGCCCCGGCCUCCGGAAUGAGAGCCCGGAGCCACUCUCUGUGCCGUAGCUUCCCAGGUGAGGGUGACUGUUGACUAGUGAAAAGGACCCAAAGUUCACGACAGUCUUCUUACUGGCAAGUGCAACGACCGGUGGAAACCUGAGACCCAUUCUCAUGAAAUAAAUCUCUGGGAGAUGAACUCAAGGCCUCAUGCAUGCUAGACAAGCACUCUACCAAGUGAGCUGUAUCCCCAGCUGGGCUUUCUGAUUGUUUUGAGACAGGUCGGGAUUUGUAACUCAGUCUAGCUUUGAACUCACAAGCCUCUGGCAUUGGCCUUCUUAGUGCUGGGAUUACAGUUAAAAUUAACAUUUCAAAGGGCUGGGGGAGAGCUCAGUGCUAGAAUGCUUGCCUGGUCUGCACAAGGUCCUGCUUUUGAUCCAUAGCACUGAACCAACAGAAAGAAAUUUUAGUAUUAAGGUUCCCAUAGGCAAUGGAAACUGAUCUCAAUUCCCAGGACAGAAAGGACCUGGACAAGUUUAUUAAGUUUUUUGCACUCAAGACUGUCCAAGUAAUUGUCCAGGCUCGACUUGGUGAAAAGAUUUGCACCCGUUCAUCAUCUUCCCCAACAGGUUCAGAUUGGUUCAAUUUAGCAAUCAAAGACAUCCCAGAAGUAACACAUGAAGCAAAGAAGGCCCUGUCAGGGCAGCUGCCUGCUGUGGGGCGCUCUAUGUGUGUGGAGAUCUCACUCAAGACUUCUGAGGGAGAUUCCAUGGAGUUGGAAAUUUGGUGUCUUGAAAUGAAUGAAAAGUGUGACAAAGAAAUCAAAGUUUCCUACACUGUAUACAACAGACUGUCCCUGCUGCUGAAGUCUCUUCUGGCUAUAACGAGGGUGACACCAGCCUACAGACUCUCCAGAAAGCAAGGGCAUGAAUAUGUAAUACUGUACAGGAUUUAUUUUGGGGAAGUUCAACUGAAUGGUUUAGGAGAAGGCUUCCAGACAGUUCGAGUUGGAACAGUGGGCACCCCUGUUGGCACCAUCACUCUUUCCUGCGCGUACAGAAUUAAUUUGGCAUUCAUGUCUACCAGGCAAUUUGAGAGGACACCACCUAUCAUGGGGAUUAUCAUUGAUCACUUUGUUGACCGUCCCUAUCCCAGCUCCUCUCCCAUGCACCCCUGCAAUUACAGAACUGGUGAGGAUGCUGGAGUCACAUACCCAUCAGUGGAAGACUCUCAGGAAGUGUGUACCACCUCUUUUUCCACCUCCCCUCCCUCCCAGCUCUCAAGCUCUCGCCUUUCCUAUCAGCCUGCUGUCCUGGGCCUUGGAUCGGCUGACCUGGCUUAUCCAGUAGUGUUUACUGCUGGCUUAAACACUACACACACUCACCAGCUGAUGGUUCCAGGGAAGGAAGGUGGGGUACCUCUUGCUCCCUACCAGCCUGCUCACGGCACCCAGGCUGACCAGGAGAGACUGGUGACUCACACACCUUCUGAUGGGACGCACUGUGCUGCCACACCCUCUAGCAGUGAGGACACUGAGACUGUGUCUAACAGCAGUGAGGGACGGGCCUCACCCCAUGACGUCUUGGAGACUAUCUUUGUCCGAAAAGUGGGAGCAUUUGUCAACAAACCCAUCAACCAGGUGACCCUGACAAGUUUGGACAUACCCUUUGCCAUGUUUGCUCCCAAGAAUUUGGAGCUGGAGGAUGCUGAUCCUAUGGUGAAUCCCCCGGACUCUCCAGAGACCACGUCUCCCCUCCACGGCAGCCUGCACUCAGAUGGCUCCAGCGGGGGCAGCAGUGGCAAUACACAUGACGACUUUGUUAUGAUUGACUUUAAACCUGCUUUUUCUAAAGACGACAUUCUUCCGAUGGACUUGGGGACCUUUUACCGUGAAUUUCAGAAUCCCCCUCAGCUGAGCAGCCUCUCCAUAGAUAUUGGAGCCCAGUCUAUGGCGGAAGACUUGGAUUCCUUACCAGAGAAGCUGGCUGUGCAUGAGAAGAACGUCCGAGAAUUUGAUGCCUUUGUUGAAACCCUGCAGUAAGAGUGUCCUGAGUAUCUGCAGCAUCCCCUUUCUAUGGACCCAGCAGAGAACCUCCUAUUCCUCAGCAGCUCCCUACCUUCCUGCUGUCUUUGGCCAGGUGAAAGACAUUGUGGUUCCCUUUGGACCUCCUGGAGACUCAUGGCAGCAGUCAGGCCCAGUGCCAGACUUUGGGAGGACUCUGGCUAUAACUGAAGAACUUCAGCAGGGACCAUCCUCAGCUACUUCACAAAGGGUGUCAUCCUGUUCCUUCUGCUGCCAGCCUCCUGCCUGGUCUGCUACCCUGCAGAUGGCCCUGCCUGCUUGUCCUUACCAUCAGCCACCUGACAUUCCAGCUGGUGGCUGGGAGACUGGGCAAGGCAGAAGGAGCAAGGAGACCACGCUGGGCGAAGGAGGGCUCUGUGUUACCAGUAGAUCCUGGACCACCCCACUCUCCCUCCUUCUUUCCCCCUCCUUCCCUCCAUCUUAACUCCUGAGAGUCACAGAAAGGUUCUUUCCUCCCUCCACACCCUCCCUCAAUUGCUGCUGCUUGGAUAUAGGACAUGGUAAAUAUUUAUUACUUUCAGAGAAAUCAGAUAUUUUAUAGGAAAAAUAUGUUUGGGGUUAGCAGUGUCACUGGGGAAGGAUGAGUGCCUCCUGUGCAGAUUCCUCAGAACCUGCCCUGCUGCUCUGAGGAUCUUCCCUUGCAUCCAAGGAGAAGACUAGGAGUGGGGCUGGCAGGGGCAGAGUAGCCAGCUCAAGCUCCUGUGUGGAGCUGCACUGACAGCAGCAGGCAGGCUUUCUCUUGCUUGCUGUGUGCUCCUGCUGAGAUCGUCUCUUAACACAGCAUCUGCAAAGUGACUGGCUCUUCAUGCGGCCCAAGAAAUCCCGGGUAUGUUCAAUGUGAUAACUCCUCAAGACACAUGGUGCCCAAGGGAGCACUGUGUCCUGCUGCUCGAGUCCCUGAGCCUAGAGCAGGACUGGGGAGCUAUUCCUCCCUCCCUCUAAUUCCAGAGUCUGUAUAUGGCCCUGGGUUUACAAGCUGGAUUGGUUCCCUUUUGAGAAACCAAAGCUGAGCUUAUGGUUGACUUAAACCUUCAGGUAUUGUUGCUUGAGUAAGUCAAGUGCCUCUGCCAGCCUGCCCUGUUCCUCUGGCCCCUAGCUCCUCACUGGCAGCAGCUGUUAUUCACUGGAGCAGGUGGCUCACAACUGCUUGUUAGUAAUCUGCAUGUAAUCCUGGAGCCUUUCCCCUGUGCAUGCUUCUGCUGCCACAGAGAAAUGUGCCCUGCAGCAGUGGUGGCCAGAUGGCACUGCAGCCUUUGGAUCAGGCCUACUGAUUGGCCUACUGAACCAGAUUUGCUCCCAGAGCCAGCACUGAGUCGGGGUGAGGGCAUGGAUUCUUGGCAAGGCUCAGCCAGUGGCCUUUGUAGACAGCAGCCUCUGUGUCCCAGACCUAUCAGGGAAGAGAUCAGGGAAGCUGAGCAGAGCAUCCUUCAAGGUGGCCUGUGCCCUUCAGCCCUGCACAGUGGAAAAGAUGGGCUCUAGACCAACUCCUGCAGCCAGGCUCAGGCUGGGACCAGGUGGCUGUGAGGCCCCUUCUCCAGUGCUUUGUUGGGAAAUGAGAGUUACACUUGGAAAUAUAAUCAAGAGAUUUCCAAUAAAGUUUUCUGUACUUUACAGUU